CGUUGUGGAAAAAGUUGCCGCUUACGUUGGGCAAAUCACUUGAGGCCAAACUUGAAGAAAGGGGCAUUUACACGAGAAGAAGAGCAUCUGAUCAUUGAACUCCAUGCAAAGAUGGGAAAUAAAUGGGCUCGGAUGGCUGCAAAUGUAAGUGUGUUGUUCAUUCGCUGUGAAUGGAAUAAGAGAAAUUUACUGAACAUAAAAGAAAUUUAAGAAAUACAUUAAUAAAAAGAAGCUUAAUUUAAAAAAAGAAUCAAAAUCUGCCUGUAGAAUUGUCUUUUAAGAAAAGAAAAUUCUUUAUUGAUAUCACUAUAUACUUUCAUUCUAUGAUCUGUUUAGUACAAGUUACAUGAAAUAUUAAUAACAUUCCUGAUAGUUACAUUUGUCUGUCUCAUUCUAUCCUAUGUCUGACAUGGGCAUGUUCAAUUUUUAUAAGGUUUUCUAUCUAUUUGGAUGAUCCUUAGAAAGCCAUAUCCUCGUAUCGACGUCUAUAUCAUUGUGGCAUGUGUCUAUCAUUUCUCAAACAGUUAACUAACUGAAGUUCUAAGGUUUGCUUAUUUGCUGACCAUGGAAUGCUGAAGUGCUCUAAUGAUGGUAUCCUGGUUUCCGGGAAUCCAAAUUGAGAAAGGAAUUUGUAGUUUUUUAAGGAGUAAAAAUUUGUCAAGAGUCAUAAGGAGCCUUCAUGAUAAGAGAAUGUUAUCCUUGUCCCAGGUGAAGUCAUCUCCCAAGGUUAUAAAAAUCCAGGUCCUCGUCAAUCUGUACCCGUCUUCCUCAUCCAUUGCCCAUAUCCCGGUGCAUUGCAAAGCCAAAAUGGAAAAGCAAUAGGGAUUUAUGCCUUCCAGAUUUCUAUGGCAGAUAUUCCAACCUUGGCAAUGCUAAACGUCUGUGCAAAUCAUGAUAAUACAUUCAGGUACAGUCAUUUGUAUCUUGGAGAUAAGCUUCUCUAUGUUCUGUUAUUCUUUGCAGUUGCCUGGUCGCACAGAUAAUGAGAUAAAGAAUUAUUGGAAUACCCGGAUUAAGAGACGUCAACGUGCUGGAUUACCUCUGUAUCCUCCUGAAGUGUGCUUGCAAGCACUGAAGGAGAGCCAUCGUAUCAGUGCAGUUAGUGGAGGGGAUAAAGGAACUCAUGAUAUCUUGCAGAACAACACCUAUGAGAUACCUGAUGUCAUAUUUGACAGUUUAAAGGCCAAUCAGAAUGUCCUGCCUUAUGUCCCUGAACUUCCUGAUAUAUCUGCUAGCAGCAUGAUGAUGAAAGUUCUAGGUUCUUCUCAGUAUAGUAGUUUCAUGCCACCAGCAAUUCAUCGCCAGAAGCGUCUUCGAGAAUCUGCUGCCUUUUCCCCUGGUUGCACUGCUGCUGUUAAAAAUGACUGCCCCUUGUUUGAGCAGUUUGAAGAUAAUAUGUUCAACAAGGCUGCUAAACCCUUUGGGCAGUCUUUUCCAUUUGAACCAGAUCCUUUAACUAAAAAAUCCCAGUCAUUUAGUGCAUUCCAAGGUAGCCAUGCCCUUUCCCAUGGCAAUUUCUCUGCUUCAGAGCCCACUUUGGAGGCUGUGAAGUUGGAGCUCCCUUCACUCCAAUAUCCUGAAACUGAAUUAGAAAACUGGGGCACGUUUUCUUGCUCCUCGUCUUUACUUGAGUCUGUUGAUGCUUUUAUCCAGUCACCACAAACAACCAGCGCAGUGGUCUUGGAUAGUCAUUCACCCCGUAAUAGUGGCCUGCUGGACGCUUUACUCCAUGAGGCAAAAACUCUAAGCUCUGCAAAGAACCAUGCAUCGGACAAGACUUCAAAUUCAUCAACUCCCUGUGAUAUAGCUGAAAGGUCCAAUUUCAACAUUUGCGAGACAGAAUGGGAAAAUUGUGGUGAGACUCUUUCUCCUAUGUGUCAUUCGGCAACUUCUUUCUUCAGUGAAAGUAUCAGUGCAAGUGGCAGUGGCAGUUCAUUGGAUGAACAACCACCUGCUGAAACCUUUACUGAGCCUCAUACAAAAUCAGAAUCAUCGGAUCAUGUUUUGACCCCCGAGGUUGAAAAAGAGGCUCCCAUUUGGUCAGACGGUAGAUGCCCUGAUAUUUUGCUUGCUUCAAAUUGGCUCGAGCAGGGUUCUGGUUAUGAUAAGGACGAGACAAUCAUGAUUGAUGCCAUAGCAACCCUUCUCAGUGAUGAUCUGAGUAGUGAGUACACGAGCAUGUUAGCCGGAACAUCGGUUUCAAGUCAAGCGUGGGAACCCAGCUGUUGUGCAUGGAAUAACAUGCCUGCUGUGUGUCAGAUGUCUGAACUUCCUUGAGAUCUGGGACCUCAAUUUUAUGAACUUCUCUGAACCUAUUUGUAUCAUUCAUUCCAUGAUUUGUUUGAUGCGAAUGGAACCUGCUACUGAAGGUCAUUUCAGGUGAGACUAUGAUACGAGUGUUUGGUUUGUUUUUCUUAACUGUUGGACGCAUGUAUGCGGAUAUAGAACUAAAAGGUGCGUUCUAGGCUGUUUUAAUAUUAGAAUAACUGUGGAACACUUGUCCUUUGAUUUUGCUAUUUGAUGCUAUUCAGGUGUGAGUGUGAUAUGUUUAUGUAUUUGUCUAUUUGAUAGACCAAGAACAAGUGUCAAACAUAAACACUUGAUAAAAAAGUGACAAGUUGGUCUUAACUCUUUUGUAGGAAACACUGUAAUUUUACAGCCAGAUCUCAAAAACUAAUACAAUCUUUGGAUUGGCUUUUUAUUAA